CUCUUCUGCAUUUGGGAGGAAAAGAAAAAAAAAAGUAUGUGAAAUUAUUGCUCUCUGAUUAAGAAGAAGUAAAAAAUUCAAACUAAAUAAAGAAGAAAACAAGACAGAGGUGAAGAGGAAUGGCUGCAAACAAGAAUGCUACUGCAUCCAACAGUGGGUUCAAUCAAUGUCAACAUAUUUUCACAAAGACCGUCUCCAAUGGAGGAAUGAUUUUAGGGUUCAUCUUGGCCUUUAUUUUAAGCAAUGUUGUGCACCACUCUCUCAAGCCUCUUUCACAACCUCGUUUAACUUCAGAUAUUGCUAUAGGGUUGUUUCUGGGGAACAUACCUUAUAUACGUGACUCCUUCCAUGAAAAAUGGGUAGUAACAUUGACCAAUAUAGCUGAAUUUGGAAUGAUGUGCUACAUGUUUGUACUGGGGAUUGAAAUGGAUCCAUAUGUGCUACUCAAACCACCUACUCGCGACGCGAUUGUUGCCUACGCUGGAAUGCUAUCCACAUUCACCUUAGCUUGCAGCAUAACUCCCUUUCUGUACUUCUCAGAAAAACCGAACAUUGGUUUCACAUUCACCUUGUCGUUUACUCUGUCCGGUAGUGGUUCUCAUAUACUAACAAGAAUCAUAACAAAUCUCAAAAUAGGCAAGUCAGAUAUUGGAAAGCUUGUGAUCAAUGCUGGUGUGCAUUCUGAUAUGAUCUCCAUGCUUUUCCUCUCAGUUGGAUACAUCUUUGUAGCUAAAGAGAAUAAUGACGAUGUUAAUGCCCGAACAAAGCAGAUGGUGAAAAUGACGUCUGCCCUGGUCAUCCAGACAGUUUUCACAGCCAAGAUUUCUCCCAUUUUUAUGAAUUGGGUUAACAAUGAAAAUCCUGAAGGUAGACCCAUGAAAGGACCUCACUUAGUGCUCUCUGUUGCCUUCAUGGUCUUGGUAUGCAGUUGUUCGCCAUGGUUUAAAUACAGUCCCAUUCUGAGCGCAUUCAUGGCGGGGAUUUUCCUGCCAAGUGAGGGAAGAGUGUCCAAAUGGGCAGUUGGCAAAAUUAACUACUUGUUAACCAUACUUUACUAUCCAAUUUUCUUCUUUUGGGUGGGUUAUCUUGCUGAUUUCCGCAAAUUUGAAGGUGGCAAUUGGCUGACAUGGGCAAGGUUUUUCGUCCUUCUCCUGAUUACAAUGGGAGGAAAAAUUGUUGGAACUCUCAUCUGUGGAGUAAUGUUAGGGUUUCAUUGGAAGGAAUCAGUUGAACUGGGUUUGCUACUGACUCCAAAGGCUCAUUUUCACAUAUUCAUGGCUAUUCUUGGAAUUAUAGUAAGUCUCUUUGAGAAUAAAUCCACAAGUAUUACAACUUGUAUCGAGAUCAUUAUUGUAUUCUUUCUCACGGUUGUCCACGCCCCAUCAGUCGUGAAACAAAUCAUCAAGCGUGCAAGGAAACGAGCACCAACCCGUAGGAUGACACUCCAGUGGCUUGAUCCAACGAAUGAGCUUCGAAUUUUAUUAUGCAUACAAGGGCCUCAAAAUGUUUCUUCUACAAUCAACUUCAUGGAGAUUUCUCGCGGAGCGGCAGAACCUGGAAUGCUUGUUUAUGUCUCUGACAUUAUUGAACUCACAGACCAAAUAGCUGCCACAGUGGUCCAUGAUAAAGGGGUGGACUCUAUAAUCGUGACUGACAAGGAAGUGACCAAGACAAGAGACGAAAUCACCAACACAUUCCAAGCUUAUGUCGAUGAGAAUGGAAAUGGCAUCACACUUAGGCGCACACUUGCUCUCUCAUCACUGAAUAGCAUGGCUCAAGAUAUCUGUGUCUUAGCAGAGGACUUGAUGAUCUCCCUCAUCAUAUUGCCAUUUCACAAGACCCAGCAUCCAGAUGGAACGUUGGAUGGUGGCCAUCCUGGAUUUCGUUAUGUAAAUCGUAAGGUUCUCAGGAAUGCUCCAUGUUCAGUUGGGAUUCUAGUUGACCGUGGUUUCGGAAUGAUUGGGAAAAUAUCAAGGUCACAGAUAUGUCUCAGCGUUGCAGUCAUAUUCAUUGGUGGCAGAGAUGAUCGUGAGGCAUUAGCCUAUGCAAGUCGUGUAGCAAGACAUCCUGGAGUAAAGCUCACGGUUAUAAGAUUUCUGCUUGAUACCAAUCCAGAGAAUGCAUCAAGAAUAGCUGCUGGUUUCAGAAUAAAUAUUGCUGAGCAGGAGCUAGAGAUGAAACUUGAUGACGAGUGCUUCGCAGAAUUCUACGAGAGACAGGUUGCAGGAGGGCAUGUAGCUUACAUGGAGAAGCAUCUUGCCAAUUCAGCUGAAACAUACUCUACACUGAGGUCACUGGAAGGGCAGUAUGCACUCAUAAUUGUAGGUCUCGGAGGAAGGGUGAACUCCGUAUUGACAGUUGGAAUGAAUGACUGGCAACAAUGUCCGGAAUUGGGUCCAGUAGGUGAUGUUCUUUCAGGCCCUAAUUUCUCUGUCAGAACUUCAGUAUUGAUCAUUCAACAACAUAAUCAAAAAGGAGAAUUGGAUGGCCUGGAUGAUGACUUCUCUGUGAUGUAAGAAACAGAAUGUCAACUGUAGUGAGAUAGUGUAGAACUUUAGGACACUUGUUAUAGGAAAAUACCAAAGUUACUUGUAAAGUUACAGUUGGUAGAAAUGCAUACUUACUUUCUCAAAACAUGACAGAAAUUACUCAACAAUGUGCUCCAAUCUCAACUAGACAUCUAUUUCUUUCAGAAGUACAGCCAUACUUUUCAGAUUCUUUUGAGACAUUAUAUGUUCCUGAGUCUUCAUCUAUACAGCUUCUAAGAAGAGAACACAGAAAAAAAACUGUGCAAGAAUACAAAAUACUUUUAUUUUAUGCAGACAUGUAGACACUUCACCACUGAAAAUAUUACAAAUAAAAAUGAAAGGCAAA